ACCAAAAUGGAUGGGGGUAAUUACGAGAUGUGGGCCAUGCAAGUAAAAAGAACCUUGAUCGCUCAUGAGAAGGAACAUCUUAUAUUGGAGCCCGAGCCCGUACAGAAGGUAGGAAAAUAUACUACUUGGUUUAAAGAUAAUUCGUUGGUUAUGGUAUGGAUUGUUGGUACUCUUACUCAAGACAUUGUCAAUGAAGUCCUGCAUAAGGAAAGUGCAAAGGAUAUGUGGGAUUCCCUUGCAGCCACCUAUUCACAAGCAAGGAAUGAAACCAGAAUUAUGCAGCUUCAUCAUGAUAUUCAUCAGAUGCGCCAAGAUGGUCGCCCUCUACAUACUUAUUAUUCUAGUCUCAAGUCCAUGUUUGAGAGACUAAACAGCUACUUUCCUGCAUGUAAGUGUGAGCAACAGAAGGCAUACAGAGAUAUGCUUAUGGUCGGAGUAUUUCUGUCUGGAUUAGACUCUGUUUAUGAAUCAGCAAAGAAUCAGAUGCUCACUAGUCCCUCGAUUCCUCCUAUUGAUGAAGCUUAUAGUAGGCUAAGCAGAAUUCCAAUCCCUUCAUCGACUGUUCUUGAUACCACUUCUGCUAUGCUUGCUACUCGUGGCAGAGGUGGGUCCCUCUUUGCCAGAGGACGAGGAUACCGUGGCCGUGGCAAUACCCCUUCGCGCCCAGUAUGUCAGUUUUGUCAUCGCAUUGGUCACACUGUGGAUAAGUGUUGGCAGAAACAUGGUCGUCCAGCUGUUGCCAAUCAGACUGUUUUUACUGAUUCUCCAGAGCAGCCUAAGACUCAACAUCCUGUUUCCUCCAGUGAGUUACGUGCAGAUGAUAUUAUCUCUCAGUUGAGACACUUGAUUGGAGAUAGACCUCAACAAGCUCCUGAUCCGACCACCUCUACUAUCACUACUGCUGCCAGUGCAUCUUCAUCUGGAUAUACUGACGGGCAGGGUGAUUGGCAGUGGCCGUGAACAGGGAGGUCUUUACAGGCUAGUGCAUCCCUUUCCCUUUGCUGGAUCUACCUCUGCAGGGUCGUCCUCAUCCUCGGCUUAUACUUGGCAUUUACGUUUUGGACAUCUACCGUUUCAGAAACUGCUGCAUGUUCUUCCUCAGCUGUCUCCCAAGUCUUCUUUUCAAUGCGAGUCUUGUCAGUUGGGCAAACACCAUAGGUCAUCCUUUCCUCCGCGGCCCAGUCGAAGUAGCCAUUCUGUGUUUGAGUUACUUCAUUUUGAUGUUUGGGGUCCGAGUCGUACACCUGCUCUUCAAGGUCAUCGAUAUUAUCUUGUUGCUGUCGAUGACUAUAGUCGUGUUAGUUGGGUUUUUCUUAUGAAGCAUAAAUCUGAAGUGGGUCAUGUAAUCAAAAAUUUUAUCAAUGAAAUUCUGACUCAGUUUGA